CCUAGGGAGAGGCUAAGAUGAGUGCAGAAGGUGGGAGGAUGCAUGGUCGUGCUUCCUCCUCUGGUGACAAGAAGUCCAAGAAAAAGCCUAAGAGAAAGGAAACUUAUUCAGUCUAUAUCUACAAAGUACUGAAGCAGGUGCACCCUGACACAGGAAUCUCCUCCAAGGCCAUGAGCAUCAUGAACUCGUUUGUCAAUGACAUCUUUGAGCGGCUGGCAGUGGAGGCGUCGCGCCUGGCUCAGUACAACCACCGCUCCACCAUCACCAGCAGAGAGGUGCAGACAGCCGUGCGGCUCCUGCUGCCUGGUGAGCUGGCCAAGCAUGCUGUGUCCGAAGGCACCAAGGCUGUCACCAAGUACACCAGCAGCAAGUGAUGCUGUGUUGCAAUAAAGCUUCCUGCU